AUGGAAGUGAUUGGAACACCUGAUUACAAUUAUUUGGAAGGCUUUCUGUUGAUGACUCUCCUUUUUGGGAGUGGAAACUUGGAGAAAGAGUUUGUUGCUGGCCGUACAAAUGACAGUGAGUGGUGUCAUAUGCCUAAACUGUGUAAUGUGUACGGCUUUACUGACUGGUACAAAGUGGGCAAGCACUGCGUCAAAUACUUCAAAAAGCUUCUCAACUUCACUGAUGCCGAGUUCAGCUGUAGGAAGACAGCGCCUGGUACACACCUGGUGUCAGUGCAUAGUAAAGAGCAUAAUGAUUACUUGUCAAAAAAAUUUAACCCAAACAACCUGCGCUUCUGGCUUAGAGGCAGAAUUUUUUUCAGACUGGUAAAAUUUUCUUGGACUGAUGGAUCCUUCUGGGAUUUUCAAAUUUGGACACGUGGUGAGCCCAACAUAUACACUAGCACAGAGGAAUGUGUGGAGAUUAACUGGAAAGCUGUGUUUGUAAAUCAGUGCAAUGGAUGCUGGGAAGUGUAG